AUGUUACAGUUUAAUAGACGGUUAACAUUAAUUGUAACAAGCAGUAUUCUUUUUUGCGUAUUAUUUUUUUAUCGAACACUAACAUUCUCAUCAAUUCCCGAUGUUGAUUUUCACCAUAUGAUUUAUUUAUUAAAAUUAUAUCAAAAAUAUUCUCUAGAAAAUAAUCAUCAACAACAACAGCAACAAUUAGAAAUAAAACUUUUUCCAUGGUUUCGUAAUAGUUUAUAUGAAAUACAAAAUUUAACACAUAUUAAUAGUAAAGGUAUUGUUAUAUGUACAGGUAAUAAACAUUUUAAUCGAACACAAAUAGCAUUAGAAGGUUUAUUAUCUAUUCAAAAUCAAUUACCCAUUGAAAUUAUGUAUUCAAGUGAUGAAGAUCUUGAUCAUGAUUUACAACGUUUAUUAUUAGAACAAUUUCCAUUAAUAAAAUUAAUUGAUUUAUCGACUAUAUUUAAUGAUAAUUUAUUACAAUUACGUGGUUGGGAAAUAAAACCAUUUGCUAUUUUAGCAUCUAGUUUUCAUCAUAUUAUUUUAAUGGAUUCUGAUGUUUUCUUCUUACAAUUACCAGCAAAAUUAUUUCAAAAUCCUCUGUAUAUACAAAAUGGUGCAUUAUUUUUUUAUGAUCGUGUUAAUCUUAAUUCGAAUGAAUUAAAAUGGGUAAAAAGUUUACUUAUAGAUCAUUCUAUAACGGUUAAUAAUCGUACACAAGAAUCGGGCGUUGUUGUUAUGGAUAAAAUUCGUUCAUUGUAUGGUCUAUUAUUAACAUGUAAAUUAAAUGAAAAAUAUUUACGAGAAAAAUACACAUAUCGAUAUUUAUAUGGUGAUAAAGAUACGUAUUGGCUAUCAUUUAAAUUAAUUAAUCAAACAUAUGCAUUUUUACCAACAUAUACAGGAACUAUUGGAAAAAUAAGCCAUAAUAAUCGUAUUUGUGGACAUAUAUUACAUUUAGAUUUAAACUGGAAACCGUUAUGGUGGAAUGGGGCAUUUUACAAAAAUCCAUAUCGAUUAUUAAAUAUCCAAGGAUGGUUAGAAGAAGGAAUAUGGAAUCGAGCAUGUAUUACAAAUAAUAAACACAGAUAUAGAGAAUUUAAUGGUUAUCAACAUCGUUUAAUUGAUUCUUAUAAAAAUAUAACAAAAAAAUUUUUUAAACCACCAUCAUGGUUUUCAUGGAAAAAAUGGGCAGGCUUUAUUUUGCAGUCUUUUUAA